GAUUAAUUUCGGACCAUAACUCUGAACCGUUAGAUUAAUUUCAUUCCAUAGGUCAUACUUACAUAUUUUGCGCCAGAUUAUCGCUCCCACAAAUUUCUCUCCCUAGCAACUAUUGCUGCCAACCACCAUAGGUCACCAAAUCUUUAACCUGAUUCUCCCUCCCUCUCUCUCUACCACUUUCGGCAGCCUCAUCACCAUCCACCAUUAGCAUUCCAUUUGUUUCUCCGGCAGAUUCGGACCUUGAAAUCGGAGAUCUGCGAGCGCCGCAACAAGUAAGAAACAUGAGGAAGCCUUCUUCAAGAUCGUUCUUGUACACAGGUCUUGGCACGGUUCAUGGCGAGGAGGUCGAUGAGGCUUUAGAGCAUAUUUGCGGAAUUGGAGAUGGGAGAUCGGAGCGAAGCCACAACCGAAACAUCAGAGUCGCGAUGGGGAGUCACCAUGUUGUGCCAAGACGGCGGCGAAGUCACCAAGCUGGAGUUAAGAACGGCAAAAACGCGAGAUCGGAGUUGGGAAGGGGGGAGGAAUGGUGGUGGCGGCGUUGGUUCUUAGGUUUGGGGAUUUCUUCUAUUUUCACUCUGAUGUUGUGGGAAUGUCUGAAACGGCGUCGUCGGAAAUUGCCUCCUGCGGCGAUGAACGGUUGUUGGGAUCGGGGAGAAAUAAUCAGCUUGACAUGUGGAUGGCCUAUGGGAGAGUAGAAUGAUACUUCUCAGAAAAGAUCCUUGUUCAUACGAGUUUCCCUUCAAGAUGGUGCAAUCUUAUCAGGAGAUGUGCUUCAACAAUCUCGUUCUCAAUUUUAAUUAAUGGUAGAGAAUUUUGUCCAAAGUACAGUCCAUUCCCACAUAUGUCAUGAGUUGCUGUCUGGUUUGACUGGUGUUUACAGCUUGGAGAUUUGGAAUUUCUGUGAAUUUUUGUGUCUGAUGAUGUACGACCCUUGAGCCUUUCUUCUUCUUAAAUAAUACAUCACAUC